AUGAUUGCCUACAUGAUUCUCAUAUUUCUCAUCGCUUCUGAUCUUUGCUCUGCUCAUCAAGGUGAAUUUUUUUUCUGUGGAGCAAGCAAGCAUCGCGUGUCACCCGAGACAAGAUUUUUUUGGCUUUUUGCUCGCCUGCUCCGAAGCUUCACUAUAAUUUAUUCAAGCGUCAGGAAAAAUGACAAGUAAAUAAAUUUUUUUUUCGAACAGGUGUCAAGAAAAGAGAUAAACGACAAUAUGAUGGUGGAAUGUGGAAUAAUAAUAAUAACAACAAUAACAAUAUGAACAAUAAUUGGAAUAAUGGACCUGGAAUGGGUAUGUUUGAAGAGUAAAAGAGUAGUUUUCAUGCAGGAAAUUGGAAAAAAUAAUGUGAGGUAACAAGUCAGACAAGAUGCGUUUAUUUUUAGAAGGUUUAGAAAAUCAAAAAUCUAUGGUUUUUGCAAAAUUGUUCGGUUCUUUGAAAAAUGCGACAUUUUUUUGUCCUUCAAGAGACGAGAUUUGAAUUGGAGUUGUUUUGGAAAACAGGCAGGUUGUCUAGAAACAAAUUGAAGAAUUCUAGACAAACUUGGAUGUACUUUUAGAUAAAUGGAAAUAGCUUAUUUUCAUUAAAAAAUUCAAGAAUUUCAAGAAUUCGAAUUCGAAUAUCAUUUUACCCAUACUAGUUGAGAAAAACUUUUAGAAAAAUCUUGAUUCAUCUGAUUUCCGAGAUACCCAUUUUUUGAUCUAUGUUUGUUUUUGUUUUCGAACAAUCAAUCAGUUCUGUUUUUUGUUCUAAACGAAUUUUCUUCAAAACAAAUGAAAUUUAAGAUAUUCCUUUUUUCCGAACUUUUUUGUUUUUCUACAGACUCAGAAUAAAAUAAGAUUACCAAAAGGGAUUCAGAAUUUACAUAGAUAGUCUAAAGAUCAACAUUUUCUGGAAGAGUACAGUAGACGUGUACCAAAAAACCUCAAUUAUUUUCAGGCUACGGUAGACCAAAUUCUGAGCCAGAUGAUUCUAUAAAAGGAAGUGUUGGAACGAAUGAGAAGAAAAAGAGCAAUGUAACAGAAUCUCCAAAUAAUCAAAAUAAUAUGAAUAACAAUAAUAAUGGUCCAUGGUGGCCUAAUGGUUUGUGUUUUUUCUUCUUCAUAUUUUUAUUUUUAUUUAUUUUUUUCCUCUUUUGGAACGGAAACGGACAAAUUCGAUUUUUCUUCUUCUUUUUCCUUUUUCCAUUUUCUUCCAGGCGAACAAAACGGUUAUAACAACAAUAACUGGAGAGGUGGCGGUGGCUACGGAAACAUGAAUGAAAACAGCAAAAAUUCCGAAGAUUCGGGACCGCAAGGGAGUGUUGGAGCAAAAACUGAGCCAACAAAACCGCCAAACACGAAUAAUUAUGGAUAUAAUAACCAAAAUAACAACAAUAAUAUGUAUAAUCGAAAUAAUUUUAAUGGAAAUGGGAAUGGAAAUGGAAAUUGGAACUGGAAUGGGGCAAAUGGGGCAAACGGAGGUUACGGUAGUAAUCAAUGGGGACGUGGAUAUUAA